GCUGAUUUCAUGUAUAAAUAACCAGAAAACAUACGAUAGCUUAAACUUAGCAAAUUGAACCGAACGUAAUUGUUGUUCAAGAUACCUUACUAAUUGUCAAUAGAAGUGACUGUAAUUUAUUCUAACUUUAUUGAAUCUUUAUACAUAUCCAUUAUCCGCGCGCCAAUCAGUAUUACUCGGCGCAUUAAAGGCAUUAGACGUACGUUCAAUCAUUUCUGGGUUUGUCGACUAGAUAACCUAAGAUUAGAUAAUUUAUCAAAAUAAUCUAAGUACUCCUUAUAUCCUUUAUCAGAAUUUGUUGAUUGUGCUUUAAGUGUAGACAUAUAUUAGCAGCAGCCAUGAAAGUCGUAAUAUUUGGAUCCACCGGCAUGACCGGUGUUUGCGCAGUUGAAGCAGCUCUGAAAAAAGGGUAUGAAGUCCGAGCUUUCGUACGCGACCCGUCAAAGCUUCCCGAGGACUUGAGAUCAAAAGUGGAAGUUGUCAAAGGCGAUGUCUUGGAAGCUGACUCCGUAACUAACGCAAUUGAAGGCACAGAUGGUGUGGUCAUUGCCUUAGGCACCCGGGGUAUUCUAGACCCGACUUCAGAUAUGUCAGAGGGCACGAAAAAUAUCAUCGACGCUAUGAGAGCGAAACACGUGAAAGCAGUAUCUGCUUGCAUUUCCGCUUUCCUGUUUUAUGAAUCGGACAAAGUCCCGGAGAGAUUUAUUUCGAUCACAAAGGACCACAAGAGAAUGUACGAGGAGCUUAAGGGAUCUGGAUUAGACUGGAUCGCGGUCUUCUCGCCUCAUAUUUCUGAUGAUCCAAGCCGGGAUAUCAUCGUUGAAGUCAACCCCGAGAAGUCACCUGGACGCGCCGUCUCCAAACACGAUUUGGGAAGAUUUCUGAUAGACUCUUUAACCGAUUCCAAAUACUAUAAGACGGUUAUUGGUCUGUGUAAUGUACCCAAAGCAUAAAUACAUCUUUCUGUCGAGUAAGGCCAACGAAAGUUAUAUACAUGAAUCCGCUAUAUUGAAUUAGCAUUGUAUAACAAUUUUCAAUGGCCUUUUGAAGCAAGGUUAAAAUACCUCAGAUAUGAAAGACAAGUAUUAAGGAUUGUUUUAGUAUCUAUAAUUUACGAUAUGGUUAAAAGUCAUUUAAAAAGUUUCAAAGCUCCUUAAAACUUUUAUAUACAUUACAAAAUUUAGGCAAAAUUCUGAUUUAUUGUUAAAUUACAUGUAAAAAAUAAUUUAUAUACUUGUGACAUUUUCUUGUUUUAUUUAUACGCUUACUUGGUUGUUAAUGCAUUUAUUUCAAUAGACGAUGGUAAAUA